CCGGUUUAUUGAGAACUUCCUCCUAGGAGGUUAACAAAUCGACAGGUAAAGCAUCCUGCAGGGUGCACGAGGUGUCAUGGAUGCAGUGAAGGAAGGUCAUAAGACCAGCUUGAGCUCUGGGAAAAUAGUGGCUCUGGCUGCAGGGCUUUCCGUUGGGGCCACUCUGGGCUACAUCAUCUAUCGCCACAUAAACGGCACCAAGAGCAAUCAGGGUCCCAACACUGAGGUGUCCAAGAUGACGCUUCCUAUAGAGGUGUACAGGAACAUGUACCGAUGCCAAGCCAAGUUUUUAGACAUGGUGACUGAGAAGUCUGGAGCUCAAGUGAGGGUCGUGUCAGAUUCAGGAGAUCAUGAAUGUAAGACGACCGUAUGUUUCCUGCUUCAGGGCUCUAAGGAGCAGGUCUUACUGGCCCGCUGUGUCCUGGAGAACCUGCUCACAGAAUGUGAACUUGUCUCAGAGAUUUUGGAGGUUCCACAGACCUCUUUUGGACGUAUAAUAGGCCGUGGUGGAGAGAGUUUGAAACAGAUCACCCGAACCACAGGAGCCAAAGUGGCGUGUUCCAAAGAGCCAGCGCAAGGUGUACGAGCAAAGGGCAUGGUGACGAUUACAGGGACCAGGCAGGAGGUGAAAAAGGCACAGGAUAUGAUUCUAGAAAAAGUCACCGAGGACAUGAUGGUGAGGACAACAAUCUCACAGUCAUCAGCCCGGCGCCAGAAACGUGGCCAUAUUGUCGUGAGUCAGAAGUCAAACGGCACAGAGACUGAACCUCUAUUGUACUUGAACAACAACAGUCCCUUCUCCCACAUAGAGGAGAAUGCGCUUGUCUUUGCCAAUGGGACCACAGGAGAACCAGAAACAUUUUUUGACCAGGUGGGAGAGUCAAAAAUCAAAACAGCCAGCAAGAAGGAGGGCAGUACAACUACUAAGACCUUCUCUGAAGUGUCCAAGUUUGAAAUUGCAAGCCCAGACUUGAGCUUCCAGCCUGACGAACACCUUGAGGUGUAUGUUUCUGCAUCAGAGAACCCAAACCACUUCUGGAUUCAGAUCCUGGGGGUUCGAUCCAUUCAGCUGGACAAACUGACAGAGGAGAUGAACCACUUCUACAACAAUGGAAACUCUACAGAUCAGCGAGUGGACACCAUUGUUGUAGGGGACAUUGUGGCUGCUCCAUACAGAGACCAUUGCACAUGGAACAGGGCAAGGGUGCUGGGAGUCCUAGGCUCUGGACUGGUGGACCUUUAUUACGUUGACUUUGGGGACAAUGGGGAACUCCCAAGGAGCAGCCUCCGCAGAAUGAGGAGCGACUUCCUCAGUUUACCAUUUCAAGCUAUUGAGUGCAGCUUAGCAGGAGUGAAGCCAAAAGGAGGGGUUUGGACUGAGGAAGCCCUGGAUCAGUUUGAGAGGCUGACAUAUUGUGCCUCUUGGAGACCCCUGCAGGCCAAACUGUGCAGCUACUCUCACUCGGAAAUCUCCUCAUGGCCCAGUGUCAAGCUCUAUGACAACAGUGAGGGCAAGACUGUGGAUGUUGGAGAGGAGCUUAUACGAUUGGGCUAUGCCGUUAUCUUCCAUGAAGAUUUGAAUGGAAAAAAAGAGGGCUGCAAUCUUGGCUGUCUGCAGAUGAUGCUGGAUGAUGUAAUAGGAGCAUCAUCAGAGCUCAGUCUUUCCUGUAUUAGUUUAUCAGAAGCUGCCUCUAUAUCAGGAAGUGUUGAUGAUGUUGUGGAGGACGAGUUGCUGUGAGACCAAAGAUAUUCAAAAAACCAAGCAGCCCUCAACAUCUACUCCUCAGCAUCAGCCCUAAUGAUGAUAUAGAGCUUUGCCUAACCUAAACUUGAUUACAUAAACCCUCUUCCUGAAGCCUUACCUACUUGAUGAGUGUGCCACAGUUCUUCCAGCCAUUAUCCAUUUGUUGUUGUUACUUCAGCAAAUAAUUCUUGGUUUUUUGUUUAAUGUUUUGUUCUGCUUUGCUAAAUUUUGUGUUCAAGGAAUAGGGAAAGGAAUAAAUCUAGAAUGCCAGUAUUAUUACUGAAAAGCACUGUGAUUGGAAUUACUGGAGCAAAGUUCAUUUGGUUUGUGGUUAAUAUUGUUUAGUUUCUUGCUAUACUUGUAUGUAUAUCAAAAAAAAACUAUGCCCAUUAUCAGGCUUAAGUGAAUAUAUUUUGGAAGUUAAAAGCUAAAGUGUUGUUGAAUGUGGUUCUCAGAUUUUGUUCAAUGUGAACAUAUUACAUCUACUGUAGAAA